CAUAAAUCGCCAUCUUGAAAUUCUUAGCGAGAAAGCCUGUGUAUUAUUUGCGUAUUAAUUUAAGCACUUAUAGAAAUGUUAUAACAACGAUUGUUCAUUUAAAUAGUCAUGAAUCUGCGUCCGAAAUUCGAGCGAUUAUCCUCUGGGGAUCUGCGGAUGAUACGCCGAGAGGUCCCUAUGGUAAGCACAGGCAGCCUUCCGGCACUGUGUCAGUCACCAGAUGUGAUUGAGGAUCAGGCGAUAGCUGCCGUGCGAAGAUUGGGCGGCGAUGUCACUAGUCGCCAGCAUAUCCUAGGGCAGUACACAAUCCAGUUUGGAAAGUAUAAGGGACAGACUUUCCACUGGGUUGUGGAAAACGCCCUAGGAUUUUGUGCAUAUCUUGUGUACGACAUGAGGAAGGAGGUGCGGGUAGACACUCCUUUGUCGGCAAACAAGUUUGCCUUGAAGGAGUACCUCAACUCAUUUCCACAAGGCAAGGAGGCUGUAGAGCAACACAAGGCAAAGAAGGAGAAAAUGCCGACACCCACUGCCAGUACUCCAACCACCAAGGCAGAGCUGUUCAGCAUGAUGCCUGCUGACCUAGCCCGUAGGCAGUUGCGGGAACAGUCUGCCCGCCUUCGACCUCUCAGACCAAACCUUUCUCACGCAAAGUUUUCCCCCAGGAAGGAAAUGAGCGAUGAUGUGCUUGUGUGGGAGGUUGAACAGAUGGAGGCUGCUAGAAAAGUGGUGCUGAUGUUUAUCCAACAUGAGGUAAUGAUGUAUUUUUCCGGUGUCUGUGAUACCUUUUCUGUGAAAUUAUAUAUCCUUGGCUUUUGUUCUACUAUAUCAAUAGAUAACUGGUGUUGGUUGUUGUCUUAGUAAUAAACACGUAGCUCCUAAACUGAUAAAUUUCACCUGCUCAUUGUGUUUCUAUUUUUAAUAUUGGUUUCACCUCAAGUUGUAAUUGC